AAACACACAUGUAAUAAUUGUUGCAACUGGAUGCCGUAGGUCUAGUAAUCAGUAUAGUUGGCGGCGUCUUUAAGCCAAAGUAACAACAUAGAAAACAUUGAGAACGCUUAAAUCGUAUCGUAAACGUAAGAAUAAAGAAACGAAAAAACUACGUUUUAAGAAGCAGAAAAACCAUCGAUAAAAAUGGAAGAAGUGAAAACUUCGAUUGAAAAGAUGUUCGAUUCAUUCGAAGCAUCAAGUAAAAUCAAUACAAAUGCAAAGCGAUUGAGUUAUAGUUUUCUUAGUAGUUCUGGUGAUGGAAAUCGAAAGUCAACCGAUUCACUUUCGUCUCCAUCAUUGAAGCGUCGCCGAGCAGACGAUGACAGUGAUAUAUCCUUUAAUUACAGCAACAUAAGUUGUAAUAGCACAUUGAACAGCAGCAAUCAGUGGGAAGUUCGGAUUCUUAAAGCCGAUUUGAUUGAAGCCAACACAAAAGUUUUACAAUUAAAAAAGGAAAUUGAAGAUCGUACGCAUCUUCAUAAGAACCUUGAACAAUUAUACGAUGGAAAAUUGAAAAAUCUUCAAACUCAACUGGAUACGGCCGUAACAAAAAACACCGAAUAUGAAAAAAUGGUGAAAUUCAUGCGAAAGAAAGGUGCGGCCGAUAAAGAUGCUUUGGUUAAAAUGAAAAAUGAAAUGGCAAAACAAAAACAACAAUAUGAUGAGAUGGUUGAUUCGCUACGUAAGGCCAACCGAGAUGUGGACAACAGUGCCCGUGAAAUAGUACAUGACCUGAAUAGUCAGAUAUCGUCACUAACAUUGGAAACAUCGCAAUUGCGAAUGCAAAUCGAUGCAAUGCAAGACGAGAUCAACACGCUACGAACGCGCAACGAAGAGCUAAAUGAAAAUGUUAAACAGUCAAACACACUGUCCAGUCAAUUGGAAAAUGACCGCUAUCAAUUGGAAUCGUCACAACGAAAAGUGAAAGAGCUCGAAGCCGAACUGGCCAGUUACGGUGAAUGGAAAAAUUUAUCGAAAGUCUUUCAAACACGACUGGCCAAAGUAACCGAUUUGGAGCGUGAAUGCGAACGGUUGACUCGGGACAACAAAAAUCUUCAUGAAACCAUCGGAAAUAAACUGUUGCUCGAGGAGCAGGUGCACGAUUUAAAGACCCGACUCGAAUUACAAACACGAAAAACCGACAACAAUGUUGAUCUUGAGACCAAACUUAAUGCAGUCGAGCAAGAGCUUAAGUUGUGGAAGAAAAUGGCUGAAGAAUUUAGUUCAGGAAAUACAUUGGCAACGCCAACGCAGCUACGUGCGUACAUUGAUCAAAUUCAAAAGGAACAUUUGGUAUUGGCUUCUGAUGCUGGCAAUGCAAAUCUCGAAAAAGCAACGAUCGACGAUCAAAUUUACGAGCUUCGCAAACAAAAUGAACUAAACAUCAAAACAAAUGAAACAUUGACCACGAAUUUACGCAAUUAUAAGAACGCUUUACAGCGUUUACAAAAGAAGCUCGCUCUCAUCAUGAAAGAACGUGAUUGCUUUAAAAAUUUACUUGAAAAUUACGAAAAAGACCUGACCAUUUCCGCACAAUCAUUUGAUUCUCAUGCUGACAUUGAAUUGAAGUCACGAUUGGAUGUUGUCGAAAAAUCGCUGGCCGGAUACAAAGAAAUUUGUGCCACAUUGGAAAAAGAACUUGAGGUGGCGCGCAGUGCUAGCAUCGAAAUGAAUGGUGGUCUUCCAUCGUCGAGUGAACAAAAUGAUUAUUUUUGCAAAGAAUUGGAAAAACUUCGAAUGGAAAAUGAUCGUCUACAGCGUCGCAAAGAUGAAUUGGAAAUGAUUUGCGAACAAGCAAAAAUGAAAGAAGCGUUCAACAUUGGUUGCAAUGGCAAGGAGCUCAAGGUUGUGCACAUGACAAUGAAUCCAGCAGAUGAAGCUGCCGAUAACUAUAAAAAUGAAAUGGACAAAUUGCGAGCUGAGAUUGAACGGCUCAAGCGUAAGAUCCGCAAAAUGGAAGACGAACAUCAGGACUUGACAACUCGAUUAAAUGAAACCACAUCCGGCAGUACAACCGUAAAUAUUCAAGAGAUCAACAUGCUGCGAAAUAAAAUUCAAUCGCUUGAAAGCAAACAGCAGCAUUAUAAGGAAAUUUAUCGGGCGGCUUCCAUGGAAUUCCGUGAAGUGAUUUACUUGCUAUUUGGUUAUCGUGUCGAUCGGAUUGGUAACAGUAACUAUCGUAUAUCAAGUGUGUACGCUGAAAAUGAAGACGAAUAUUUGAAUUUCCGAUUGAAUGAUGGUGGCGAACUCGAUAUGCUAGAAACCGAUUAUUCGCUGACACUUUCCGAUAUGGUGGGCAACUACUUAGCAGCUCAUCAUUCAAUGCCCGCUUUUCUCAGUUCAUUGACCCUAGAACUGUUUAAUCGAUCAACGAUGGCAGUAAACUAAAUGAUUCCAAACGUUUAUCCAUUGAUUCAUCAAAAUCAUCCACAUUUUAAAAACAAAACAAAAAAAAGUACACCGAAAUACAAUUUUCCAUUUAUAAAGUAAACAACCACAAAAAAUGUCAUAAGAUCAAGCAAUAUUUGAAAACGCGUCGAUAAAUAAUACGACACAUUUGUAAUGCCGAAUGGCACAACGAAAUACACCGCAAAAACCAAUCCUAUCACUUUGAUAGAUAGAAAACAUUGACUUCACAUUUAUCGAAACAAUUGAUAAAUCUUCAUCGACUGAAUGGACUUUGAAAGAUUCUAUUUUUUGAACUAUUUAGACUUUCAGUAAUUUCGUCCAAAGAUUCAUUCGAGAAGGAGGAGGUGGAAUUGAUCAUCAAAAAACUAUCGAAUACUAUUGAAAAACAUUUGAUGAUGUUCUAAUGCUAGGUUAAACAAGAAACAAAAACAAAAUAAACAAAUACAAA